AGGACAAAUACGUUAUCGGUUUUUGUUACAAUUCUGUGGUUCCUUGCCUGAGCUUGGCCCAUGUCUGAUGUUGUGUGACGAUAACGCCUUUAUUUUUCCGGAACAUUUCUCGAUAAUUUACUAAAAAUAUCGACAAGAACAUUAUAUACAGCAUCAGGAUUUACCCUGGUAAAUAAGGUAAGGAUCAACGACGGUACGCGGCAGCAAUUAACGAGUUCUCUUUUAUAUUUCCCCAAAGAUGUGUUUGUACAGUUCACUCGACAAUUCGGUAAAUAGUCACAGUUCGAGUAAAAAAAGUCGCGAGAGACUGAUGUUCAGUAGUUUGUGUUGUGAGUUUCAGUCCAGUAAAAGUAAUGUAAAGUUAAUCAGUAUGGGAUAAAAUGUAUUUGGUGAAGAACAGUGCUUUUAUGGUAGAGCAGCCUGACACGGUCCGAAGGUAAGAUAGCAAUAAGCGGCUCGAGAAUUCACACUGAUGAGAUGUCCCUUUGCAAAUUGCAAGUAAAUCCUGCUCCUUAACAAGAAUGUUUCAUAAUAUUUUCUUUUCUGUAACUUUUUCUAGCUGCCAUGGAAUCCGAAGACUCCAGAGAUGAUUCCUCUGGAUCUGAAAGUAAUGAUGAGGGGCCUAACAGCCCUGAUAGUGGAAAAUCUGACUAUGAUGCUGAUGAUGGAAAAUCGGACAAGAGUAGAUCUAGGUCUGGAUCAUCAUCAUCAAGCAGACCUGUUUCAGCUCAAUCUCAUAGAUCAUCAGAGAGUUCCCCAGAGGGGAAAAAAUACGGUAGAAAUAAUAUAAAGUCCCCAGGUUCUGAAAGGAGUAGGUCUACCAGUUCAGAAAAAUCUGGCCAAAGUAGAUCCAGUUCACCUGAACAAAAAGAUGAAGCGGCAUCCAGUACAGAAGAGGAGAACAAGCUACCUAGAAAAUCAAGAGCUGAGGAAAGAAGUAGGUCUAGUUCUGUUGAAGAUGAUAAUGCUAGAAGCAGAUCUAGCUCUCCAGAAGUAGAAGAGAGUCAAGUGAAACAUGGUUCCAUAGUAAAACAACAAAGCAGAUUAAGCUCAUUAGAAGAUAAAGUUCAGGAUUCCAAAAGUAGUAAGGUUAUGAAAGAAGGUAAAGCAACCAUAAAAGAUGAACAAACUACUGGAUCAGUUUAUUUAGAAGAUCAGCUGCAAAGCAGAUCCGCCUUUGAAGAAGCAGAAUCAAAAGUUACACAAAAAACUGUUGAACAUUCUAGCUUGAGCCCAGAAGUAAGAAAAAGCACUAGAAGUAGAUCAAGCUCUAUUGAAAAUGAGAAUGUUCAUUCAUCAUCAGGAUCUUCAGAUAAAUUGAAGACUCGAAGUAGAUCUAGUUCUAUAGAGAAGGAAUCAUUAAAAAACACACCAAAUGAGAAACUGCAUGGUAGAUCAAACUCUUUUGAAAAAGAAAAGAUUAGAAGUGGACCCAGCUCUCUGGAUAAAAAUGACAGAUCAAGUGAUAGAGAAAUAAGAAGUAGGUCAAGCUCUUUGGAUAAGCAAGAAUAUCAGUCAAACCCUGUAGAAAUUAAUGACAUCCCAAGAAAAUCAAACUCUGAUGAAACUGUUGCUAUCUUUGAUAGACCUGUACCAGUUGAAAAAAAGAAUAUCAAAAUCACACUUCUCAACAACAUAGAAGUUGGCAGACCACAAUCUCCCCCAAAUGAUUCCCCACAUAGUCCACCAUAUCCAGAUAGGGAGCAAAUUCGAUCCCCUGAUCCACCAAAAUCACCAGAUGAGUCUCAUUCUUCAAGAAGUAGUUCACCAGAUCACCACUCUGGUCAGAAAUAUAGAUCUUUCAAGUCAGGGGGUGACUACAGAAAAUGUAGGGGAUCUCGUAGAUCUGGGGGUUCAAGAGGUAGAAGCAAGUCAUCAUCAUCUGAUUCUAGCAAUAGCAGUGUUGAUUCUUCCAGUAGGAAGAAUAAGAAUUUCGGAAAAAAUGCUGAUACCAUGCCUGAAGCCAUAUCUGAUGGUGACAUGGAAAUUGAACAAGAAAAAGAUACUGCCAAAGGUAAAGAAAAAACUGGACAACCGAAAUCUGGCAAUGAAAUCAACAUUUCACAUGAAGACCUUUCUGAUGUAUCUGACUUAGAGGACUCUAUGGGGGCCCAUUUUGAUCAAGAAGAUAGCAGGGAUAAACACAAAAGAGAUAAUAAUGAAGGAAGGCAGUACCACCAUAUAGAUGACAAACCUAACAGCAAGAGUCCUGUUAACCAAGACGGUUUAGCAAAGAAAGUGGAUUCAAACUCAAGACAAGAUGAAGCUGAAGAGCAACUGGAUUUUGAAGCUGAAGAUGGAGAAUGUGGAGAGACAGAUAAUAAAGAUGAAGCUGAGGAGAGAGCAGCAAAAGAAGCUGAAGAAAAACGAAAGGAAGAGGAAGAAAGGAAGAAAAAAGAGAGGGAAGACUUGGAGGAGGGUGAAGUGACCGAUGAGGAUGAUGUCAGACCUGAGGAAACUGAACCAAGACCAGUUUGCAGGUUUUUCUCUAGAGGGCAGUGUACUUGGGGGGCCAGUUGCAGGUUCUUGCAUCCUGGUGUUACUGAUAAAGGUAACUACACAAUGUUUGACCUGGUUCGUCCACUGAUGCCAGGCGAAUUCAGAGACGAUAGAAUGUACGUAGGUGCUAAAAUAGAGCCUCCUGUUGUUGAGUCUGCUUGGGAGAGGGGUCUUCGGACGGCCAAAGAAAUGGUCAGGAAGUCCCUAAAGAGAAAGGAGCAAGACAUGGACUUUGAAGAGAAGAAAAUGAAUUUGAGCCUAGCACAAGAGGAAUUUGAUAAGGAAAAUGGGUAUUAUGGUAGAGUACCAUCGCCAGAACCAAGAUACGUCCGCCAUGUGGAGUACCCGCCGAUGACCCGCCCGCCGCCUCCAGACGACUACUAUGCCCCCGUAGUGAUGCCACCCCGUCGCCACGUGAUGUACGAACCCGAGUACAUGGGACGCGAACGACCUUCAAGGGGGCCGUACAGAGAACCUCCAGUGGCUGCGCCGCCCCCGCAUCGUGGGGCGCCGCCCUCGCAUCACACGUCUCACCAUCCCCCUGAUUAUUAUGCGGAUGAAGGAAGGGGUUCGGAGUCGAUUAGAGAGAAGAGAGAAAGACCGCCACCUGUCGGCCAUCCAGGGCUGCCAGGGGAGAGGAGCAGUAGGGCGCAUGCGCCUGUACCUGAGGGCAGGUCCAAGAGAGAGGUAAUCGUACAAAGGGCUGAGGAAGUAAGAGGAAGGGGUGACGAAUGGCAGGACCCGUGGAUGAGACUCAAAUCUCCAGCAGGCAGAAGAAAUAAAGAAAGGAAGCGAUCUUACAGCUCAGGGUCUAGUUAUUCUUCAAGCAGUUCAUCGAGUCGCUCUUCAGAUUCGAGCCACAGUUCAUACAGGUCUAGGUCUCGAACACCACGUCGUCGUCACAGGUCAAGAUCAAGACGCAGCAGACACGUGUCGCCAUCUGUGAUAGUUUCCGAAAGGAAGGCGGCCAAUGAGCGAGCGGCACUCAUGAAUCCGCCGGCGCCUAAGAGGAGGGCGCCUUCGCCAACACUGAUGCGCGUGAGCACAGCAGCCAACCCGCCAGCGCCAUCCCGUAGCGGUGGUAGCAAACUGGCGAUGGCAGCGGCGUUGGCCAGAAUGAAGAGUCGCGGUGUUGCCAGAUCGUCGAGGUCAUCCUCAGGCAGCUCAAGCAGUUCCAGCGAUUCAGAAGAUUCGUCGGAUUCAAGCAGUUCUAGCAGCAGGGAUGGUUCUCCCACGCCUCCGCCGCAUCAUGGGGCGUCUGGUAUCAGGAGGCCACCAGGCAUGGACAUAUCGUUAGCGAAGGCAAUGGACGCACUGAAAGGCAGUUCCAUGGAGAAGAAGCAGAUCAAACUGAACCUGAAAACGCCCAUGGGCUCGAAAGGGAAAUCUGGUGAUUCAGACGUGAGGAAAUUGGAAAUUGCUGCGGCCGCAGCGGCGGCCGUCCAGGGCAAGAAGAGGGGUGCUACCUCGCCACCUCAGGGGGAGAGCAAGUCCAAGAAGGCUACCUCCAGAAGGGAGGAAUUGCUGAAGCAACUGAAAGCCGUGGAAGACGCUAUUGCGAAGAAACGAUCAAAAGUUAAUUGAACGCUCUGUUGUUGCAGUGCUAAUUAGGUGUUAAGUGGAAAACUGAUUAUUGAUAAUUUGGUUGAUUUGUUUAUUGUAAUUAAUGACUUGAGUAUCUCGUAUUUCUUUGUACUGCAUUCAUUGGAUUGUUGCAAUACCAUUGAUUAAUGUAUUAUCUUCGGAAGAUGGCUGCAUUAGUAAUGUUAGUAGAAGAAAAAGUGGUUUUAAUGCACACAAGCAAGCUGUCACCUAGUUGAAGAUGCAUUCCCGGUCUCGUGAUACAUUGUAUCAUAUCCACUAACUUUCACUUCAAGGCCUCAUAAGCAUAAAAACUGGAAACAGGCAAACCCAUAGAGGGAGUGUUGAAGCCAAAAGAGAAUGAAGGUGGGCUAUCUACUUUAACCAUUGUGUCAGUCGUGCAUUUAAAGUUCUGCGGAUGUCAUGUCAUGCUCAAAAGCUCUACGCGCACUACAUUUCCGGGAGCUUUGCCCUCCUUACCCCCCAGUAUUGGCUUUAUAUGAUUACCUGUGUUUUACCUUGUGCAAUCUUCAUGCUCUCAGUAGUACCUUUGAUAAACGUAUUCUAACUGAAGAUAUCCAACCUGAUGCUUCUUUUUUGCGUCCAAUAAAUUAUCCGAGAUAAAAUGCGAUACCGUACCGUGAUUUACAAUUUGUCACAGCUGUUUUUCCAAAGCAUAUAUUGUAAAUAGAGAAACAGAUGUGACAAAUUCUCAUAGAUGACGCUACAAUAUCUCAUUUUAUCUCGAACAAUUUAUUGGGCGCUGGAAUAUAGCAUACGUUAAUCAUUGAUAGUGUUUAGUGUUUUAAUGCAUCUAGAUACUUUUUAUUAUCUAAGAAAUAUUUGGAAAGUUGAUACAAAUCUCUUCUCAAGCUUCUCUCGUUAGAUGAUUAUACUAUUUUCUAAACUAAUGCAUUAAUCAGUGACAAGUAACAUUUUCCUGAUGUUAUUACGCAGCAAGUGCCGUCGAUUUUCAGACGGAAUUGAAAAGUAUCCGAUACUUUCAUAAAACAGUGUAAGCUUAAUGAAAUAACAAUAUAAUAUUCAUUAUCUGUUAUAUUAUUGUAGCUAUUAUGGCCAAGGCUCUUGUAACUAUUACACAUGUCCAAUCAAGUAAAACAUUUCUAACAGUUAUCGUUUCAUUUAAAAGGCGAGAGUAACAUCUAGGCAUUUUAUCUUGGUGGAGUACUGGGAGUAUUUCACAACAGCUUGUAGCAAAAACAGCAAUUUAUAAAAAUAAAACUUAGCCUAGAGGUAUUUGUGUAAGAACAAAGCAUAUA